CCGUAAACAGCUGACUAGAUUUACGCCUAGAUUCUAAAUAGUAAACAGUAAAUCAGAUCUUUCUAGAUCUAAUACUAUUAGUAUUAGUGUGAAAAAAGCUCUUCAAAAGGUUAAAAAAGAAUUUUGAUCGAAAAAUUGUAAAAGAUGACCCAAAAAGUAUUUGCAAAAGGUUCAGCGUAUCCACCACUACAGCCAGGGGUUCUCAGAUUGUACAGCAUGAGAUUUUGUCCAUUUGCACAUAGAACAAGACUUGUGCUUCUUUAUAAAAACAUUCAGUUUGAAACAAUUAAUGUUGAUUUAAAAUACAAACCUGAAUGGCUGUUUGAUAAAAACCCCCUUGGUCUGGUGCCAAUUGUCGAACUAGAUGACAAGAUAGUUUAUGAAUCCACAGCCACGUGUGAGUGGCUUGAUGACAUUUACCCACAGCAUAGACUUCAGCCAAGUGAUCCUUAUACAAAGGCUUGGGACAGGAUACUGCUGGAGUAUUUUGGAAAGCUUACUCCAGGCAUCUAUACAUUUUGGAGAACUCCAGACAAUCGCGAGAAACUUAUUGAAGAGUUUCACAAGCACUAUAAAUUUUAUGAUGACAACCUAAGUAAAAGGACUGGACCCUUGUUCGGAGGUCUGGCGCCAUCUAUGACAGACUUUUACUUAUGGCCACAUUUGGAGAAAAUACCUGUCAUGGAAACAGCAGACCCAAGAAUCAGCAUCAGUAGAGAAAACUUCCCACACUUAGCUGCUUGGUUUGAUGCCAUGUGCCAAGUUCCAGCGGUGAAGGCUACUUCAUUUGAUGUGAAGACACACUUGCAUUUCCUCCAUUCUUAUAUUGCUGGCAACCCUGACUAUGAUUUUGAUUUGGAUGAGUAGUUGUGAAAAAUAAUUUGUUUCAAUGUGAUAGAAUUUUUAUUGUUUGGGCAUUAGAGAUGGAGCGGGACUUUUUUUUGACAAAUCUCAGUCAUUAAAAAUGUAUUAACUCCCUUUAUUUAUGGUCCACAGAGCCCAAACAUUGUCUUUAAUUCCUAAUUUUGGUUAUAUGCCAACGUUUGACUGCUGAUAUUACUCAUUCUGACUAAAGCCAAAAUAAUUGGGAUGGUUAAGACAUAGUAAAGUAUAUAAUCAUUGGCUUGAACAAGAAACAAUAAGACAUAAAUAUAAACAGUUUAAAUUGAAAUCAAAUAAAUAAUUCUAUUAAAUGCUUACCAACUAUUAUAGACUUAAAUAGAAAUAUUUUUCCAACCACGAUACUUUUAAAUACUAAAAUUGUUUUGUAAAAAUCUUGGUUAAAAAAAAAUUCUGUCUGUUGAAAAAUAAACAAUUUUUAAACUUUUAAAAAUGCAAAUCAACAUUGAUGCUUCAAGAUUACAGAAAAACUACUGAAUUGGAUUGUUAAAUGAUUGUUUUUAUUGUUAGGCAGCCUUUUCAGUAUUUCUAAAUGUACUUUCAUGUAUAAUUACACUUUCAUGUAUAAUUACACCUACAGGUAUAAUUACACUUUCAUGUAUAAUAAAAAAUAUAACAUUCAUAUGUAUUCAAUUAUCGGAGCCAGUAAGUUGCAAUUUAGCUCACUCAAAAGCAUUUAUAUUUUUUACCUCAACUUUACAAUAACUUUACUUCUUUACUACAUUUUUUAAAUAUUAUGCUACAAAUAUUUACUUUAUACUUUAUUAUAUUGUGUAAAAUAUAAAUUA